GAGCUGAGAAAGAGAAAGGAUAUGAUAGAUCUCUCUCGAAUCCUUUGGGCUUCAUCACGAGAUGAUUUUAUUCGAGCAGACAUAAUCAAAAAGGAUCACAAGUCAUCCCAAUUUCUAUUUCUUAGUUUGGAACUACCUCCCAUGCCAUUGUUUAAGGAUUCUUUGGAACGGAACAUGAUUCCACAGGUUUCAUUAUCUUCAUUAUUGAGUCGUUUUGUACAACAAGAACUUCAUCAUGAUGUUCAAACGGGUCAUUUUUAUCGAUAUCGUUUGCGAAGAUUACCUUAUUGUUUGAUUUUAGUGAUGAAGAGAUUUGCCAAAAGUAAUUUUGUUUGGGAAAAGAAUAUUUCGAUUGUUCAUUUUCCUAUUCGAGAUUUGGAUAUGACAGAAUAUCUAUCGAUGUCUUGUCCAGGAAUAGAGAGCAAUGGUGUUGUUUAUGACUUGACAGCUGUAGUGAUUCAUGAUGGUAAGCCCAAAGGAGGUACAUAUCGUUGUUAUAUUCGACACAAGGCAUCAGAUAGUUGGUUUGAAAUACAAGAUUUGCAAGUAAAGGAGGCCAUUCCACAAUUGGUUUCAUUAUCAGAAGCUUAUAUUUUGUUUUAUGAAAAGAAAUAAAUAUUUUGAUACUCCAAAAGAAAAAGAUGAAAGGAAUAGUGUUGAUUCACUUGGAUGAAAUCAAGGCUAUUUUAAAUACUUUCAUGAGAAUAGUGAUAAAGACAAGGUUCACCAG